AGUCAGAUUAUAUAAACAGCAGUUGGGCCGGCUGCAUGCACUUAAUUUGGCCUUGCAAACUUCAAGCAAUCGUAUAUAUCCUGCAACUCAUCAAGCUUCAUCAUGUCUGUCAAGUGUCGCAGAUGGGUCCUCAAGAGCCACUUCAGUGGCAUGCCCAAGAGAGAAGACCUUGAUCUAGUGGAGGAAGAGCUGCCACCACUCAAGGAUGGAGAGUUUUUGUGUGAAGCUCUGUGGCUGUCCAUGGACCCCUAUUUUCGCCCAGCCAGUGCCGGACUUGCAUUAGGAAGCACCAUGAUGGGUGCACAAGUUGCUAAAGUUACUCAGAGCAAGUCUUCCAAGUAUGCAGUAGGUGAUCUGGUUGUCGGCCCGUUCGGCUGGAGGACACACACCAAUGUUCCGGAGACAGGCUAUGAGAGUGGAGACCUCAGUACUUACAUGGCUAAGUUGGACCCCACCUUGUACAAGGACAGGGAGUCAACUGCUCUGGGGGUCCUCGGAAUGCCAGGGGCCACUGCUUAUUGUGGGUUCCUGAAUCUCUGCACACCCAAAGAGGGAGAAACGUUGGUGGUCAAUGGUGCUGCUGGAGCUGUGGGCUCUCUUGUCGGACAAAUUGCCAAGAUUAAAGGCUGCAAUGCUGUUGGAUUUGCUGGCAGUGAUAAAAAAGUGGAGUACCUUAAAAGUUUGGGAUUUGAUGAGGCGCUUAACUACAAGACCAUGGGGUCUCUGAGUGAAAGUCUAAAGAAGGCUUGUCCUAAAGGCAUUGACCUGUUUUAUGAUAAUGUCGGUGGUGAGUGGUUUGAAAAUGUUCUUGCUCAAAUGAACACCUUUGGUCGUGUGGCUGUUUGUGGUGCUAUCUCCCAGUACAAUGCAACAGAACAGCCAAAAGGCCACUAUGUGUCUCAGCUGAUCCUUGGUCAUCAACUGAGGGUGGAGGGGUUCCUGACGGCAAGGUGGCUGGAGGAGUGGCCAAAGGCAUUCAAACAAAUGAGCGACUGGAUUUCAGAGGGAAAACUCAAAUAUGAAGAAACCAUCACUGUGGGGUUUGACAAUGCGUUCGAUGCUUUCCUUGGACUCUUCUCUGGAGCCAACACUGGGAAGGCGAUUGUCAAGAUUUGAACUACAUUGACUCUAAAUGCCAUUAGCUAAUAUAUAGUAUACGUAGCUAAUCUGGUUAGUUGAGUGAUUUACUAGUUGUUCGUAAAUUAUGUCCUGAUUGGUUGAUGGGGUAAAUGUCAACAUCCCAUGCAGAUCUUGUGUUUGUAUUAAUA